UCUCGCUUUCUGCUGCAUUAGAGAAAUAAGAAGAUAGAAAAAAUACCCUCAUCAAAAUCGAUCAAACUUACGAGAUAGCUUAAAUAGAUGUUUGCGUGAUGUGCGUGUUUUUUUCCCCCUCAUAUAUGAUGUGACGUGUGUGUGUAUUCUCUGUAUUUUGAAUUUCAAAAACGAUCGUCAUGCGUUUGUGGGGCACUAAAAUCGAAAACCGUAACCGCCUUGAAACGACAACGGGAUGAUGAUGCGUCCUGUUCUUCGUGGCUGUGGUGUGAUGCGCGAUCAACUAAUGCCCACCGCGUGUGGGAGGAUCGCUUGUUGUGCUUCUUUGUCUCCCGAUCACUCCUCACAAGUGCCAAAUCCGGUGGUGGUGGUGGCAAAGGCGGCAGUGUGGUAGCUAUUUAUUUAUAGCACAACAAACAUGGUUUAAUGUGGCGCUGCUGUAGGGCGAGAAGAUCCGUUUCCGUGGGGUUUGGCUUGCCACCCGUCACAGCCCUGUGCCUGUGGUGCGCUUUAGCUAACCAAAACCGUUGCACAAUUGGCGUAAAUUGUACUUGAAACGAUUGAUAAAACACACCGAGCAGACCAACACACACACUCUCACCACUAGCUGAUCGGCGUGAUGACAGAUGGAUUUCGAUCGCAAUGAGAGCGUGUGUGCGUUCUAGUAGCACAAUAACACGACUCUUCUCCCCCCUGAUCGUAGUGGGCUGUGAGUGCGUGUUGAUUUGACAGCGAUUUGUUUACGUUUGUGCGGUUUCGGUGUUUUGGCUGCCCUCCUUCCCUCUCUCACUGUCUCUGUACGGAACUGGGAAGGGGUGUAGUUUUUGUGGGUCGUUUUUUCUUCUUUCCAUUUUACUGCUUAAAUCGUUGCAACACGCUAAAUUGUGCAUUGUGUUUGCACCCGGACACUUUGCUAAUGCAGUUGUUCACAACGUUCGCAAGUACUGCCGAAGCACGUGGGUAGUAGCUAGCUGCUGCAAGAGCGUGGUGUGACGUUAAAAUGGCGUUCAAAUGAGAGUCUAUAUUUGUACGCUCGUGCACUAUCCAUUCGAAAGAGGGACCAACCGGAGAUGGUGCAGCGAAGAUAAGGGACAAAUACAGAAGAUUUAUGCAACACGCAUCGGAACGGGGGUUCACUCGGCCUCUCCACUGGUGAAAAUAAACACCACGCGGCGGUCAAUGCCAAGGCGCGCUCGCUGCCGGGUUGAAUAAAUACACACACAAUAAGGGGGGGUUUCUUUUUCAUUUGCAAUGUGAUCGUAAGAACAUCGUUGCCUUACGAUCUUAGCGGGCCUUUUGCCAAUUUUGCUUGCCGCUGCUGUUUUAUUUGUUUGAAGAGGCGGUUAAUUCGCAACCCCCACCGUUUGCCAGCACAACAACAGUUGCAAGCACCGUAAAGCCUGGUGUGCGUUUUGGUUGUUUGGUUCUGCAAGAGUAGACACAGGAGCUGUGCACUGCUUCCUAUCAGUUAAAUUAACCUCCACCGCCGCCGCACCGCAGCAGUGAUUCAAGUGGUACACCGUGUGAGUGAAUGAAAAGCAAAAAAAUAUUUACAUCAACACACAUCUACAGAAAGAAAGGUGCGUUCUUCUUUAGCUCGCAAUCGCGUCGUGUUUGUUUGUGCAUUUUUUUUCUUUUUUCAUCUUAAACGCCGUCUCUUGGGCGAGUCGCGAGUGUCUUGCCUGUUGGUGGUGUGUGCCGCUAUCAGCAGCUAACAACAACCGUGUUAGAGAGGCGUAGCGAAGUAGCGUGUGUUGCGGUUGUUGUCGUCGCCCCGCGUACACAGUAGUGUAGAGUGUGUGCCCCGCGCGAGGCCCCGCCGAGAGUGUGAUUUUGUGUGCGGGUUGGUUUAUUUUUUCACAAAAAGUCAAGUGUUUGAGCUUAUGAUUAGUGAAGUGUGCGAAGCGCGCGUCCGUAACUGCGUUGGUGCUGGUGUGUAGGAUCGCCCGCGUGUGCGUGUGUGUGUUAGAGAGUGAUAAUAGGGCGUGCGUGUGUGUGUGUGUGCGCGCCUGUACCAAGUUCUCAAUUAAGUCGAUUCGGAAUCGAAGUGGUGGUGGUUGUUCCUUUCGCGCGUUGGUGGUGCCGCAGGGCAAGAAACGGCGCGUGGUUUCUCGCAGGCACAAAAUAAAGGGAAGAGCUCCCAAUCGACGAUCGAAUCAAGUGCGCCGGCGGCUCAACGACAGCAGCGCGCGCGAGACCACCAACAACACGCGACGCGAUCCCCUUCCUUCGUCGUGGGGUUCCGUGUACAUCGAUUCGUCGUCGUCGACGAAACUGUUGGACCCGGGCCCCGCUUGGUUGGUUUGGUAUUGUGUGUUCGCGCGGGCAUUGUUAAAAACAAGUCCGCGAUAUUUCAGCAAUUUCAGUGCGUUCCGAACGCUCCUCCAGCGCGCAGGACCAGUUCUCUCUUUCGGAAGUGAUUUUAUUUUUAUGACACCACCGGCCGCAAGCAGCAAAAAUCGUGUGGAUGCGCGUGUGUUUUGACGGGCUGUGCUUCGCGUCACGGCGCCCGGCCGUCGAGCAGGAGACGCAGACGGUCCUGUGCGGCGCAACCGCACUCGACGCCCAGCAGCUCGGCCGGCUGCUGAAGUACACGAACUUCGCGUCCCCCGCCGCCGUACCCGUCUCGGCUGCGCCCCGGUUCGGCGACGUGCUGCUGCCCUCCUCGGUUCCGGCCGCGAAGAAGACUGCCGCGUCCGCGACAGCUGCAUCGACCGACGCAUCAGUCAGCGCGCACGGUUUCGCGAGUUCAGAUCGUUCGGUGGCGCGUAGCAGCAGCAGCAGCAGUAGGUGCGAACAGUCCGCGAGUGUACCGCGCGACCGCAACGAUCGCGACGGCAAGAUGAGCGACCAGAGCGCGUCAGCGACGGCCCCGGUACCGUCGGACGCGUCCGACACGGUGAAUAACAACCUGGACGCGGGCACGGUCAACAGCUACAAGCAGCUGGCCCAGCUGCAGGGCGACCAGCAGGUCCAGGGCAUCCUGCAGAACCUGUUCAUCGGCGAUGGGGAGGCGCUCGGGCUGUCCCCGCAGGUGCAGGAGCUGCUCAAGGUCGUGCAGGCGAAGGACAUCCGCAUCCGGGAGCUGGAGGAUAUGCUGCGCCAGAAGCACGACGAGGUGGCUGAGUUGCGCAGCCACCUGGACAAGUUCCAGAGCGUGUUCCGGACGAGCGGUGGGGCGACGGGAGUUUCGCCCGGUGGCCGCAAGCUCGGCACGCACGGCGGUGUCCAGCGACAGCGUGCCCAGGGUAUUUCGGCGGAGCCGCAGAGCGAAAGUUCGGUGCUGGAGCUGAUGCACGUCACGUUCCCGAAGUAUGAUAAGGAAGAAAGAUCCCGUGAAAUAAUCAAAUCUGCCAUCUUGGAUAACGAUUUCAUGAAGAACUUGGAAAUGACACAGAUACGCGAGAUCGUCGACUGCAUGUAUCCGGUACAGUACGCGGCGGGCAGCCUGAUCAUAAAGGAAGGCGAUGUGGGCAGUAUUGUAUAUGUGAUGGAAGAGGGCCGCGUCGAAGUGUCGCGCGAAGGCAAAUACCUGUCCACGCUGUCCGGUGCGAAGGUGCUCGGCGAGCUAGCCAUCCUGUAUCACUGCCAGCGAACGGCCACCAUCACCGCCGCCACCGACUGCAAGCUGUGGGCGAUCGAGCGACAAUGCUUCCAGACGAUCAUGAUGCGCACCGGGCUGAUACGGCAGGCCGAGUACUCCGAUUUCCUCAAGAGUGUGCCGAUCUUCAAAAACCUCCCGGAGGACACGCUGUGCAAAAUAUCGGACGUGCUGGAGGAGUGCUACUACCAGAAGGGUGACUACAUCAUCCGCCAGGGUGCCCGCGGCGACACGUUCUUCAUCAUCUCGAAGGGUCAGGUGCGCGUCACGAUACGCCAGCCGGACACGCAGGAGGAGAAGUUCAUCCGCACGCUCGGGAAGGGUGAUUUCUUCGGCGAGAAGGCACUGCAAGGCGAUGAUCUACGCACGGCAAACAUUAUCUGUGACUCACCGGAAGGCGUUACCUGCCUGGUGAUUGACCGGGACACGUUCAACCAGCUGAUCUCGAACCUGGACGAAAUCCGAAACCGCUACAACGACGAGGGUGUUAGCCAGCGGAAGAAGAUUUGGGAAGAGUUCCGAGAGGUGAAGCUGUCCGAUCUGCGCGUCAUCUCGACGCUCGGCGUCGGUGGCUUUGGGCGGGUGGAGCUGGUCCAGCUGGCCCAGGACAAGUCGCGCUCGUUCGCGCUGAAGCAGAUGAAGAAGGCACAGAUCGUGGAGACGCGCCAGCAGCAGCACAUCAUGUCGGAGAAGGAGAUCAUGAGCGAGGCGAACAGUGACUUUAUCGUGAAGCUGUACAAAACGUUCAAGGACCGCAAGUACCUGUACAUGCUGAUGGAAAGCUGCCUGGGCGGGGAGCUGUGGACGAUCUUGCGCGAUCGUGGCCACUUUGAUGAUGGCACUACGCGCUUUUACACGGCUUGCGUGGUGGAGGCGUUCGAUUAUCUGCACUCGCGCAACAUUAUCUAUCGCGAUCUGAAGCCGGAGAAUCUGCUGCUGGAUGUGUCGGGGUACGUGAAGCUGGUGGACUUUGGAUUCGCUAAGAAGCUGCAAUCAGGUCGCAAAACAUGGACGUUCUGCGGUACGCCGGAGUACGUAGCGCCGGAAGUUAUUCUUAACCGUGGCCAUGACAUCAGUGCCGACUAUUGGUCGCUUGGAGUGCUCAUGUUUGAGCUGCUGACCGGUACGCCACCGUUCACUGGAGCCGAUCCGAUGCGCACGUACAACAUCAUCCUGAAGGGUAUCGAUGCGAUCGAGUUCCCGCGCAACAUCACCCGCAAUGCCAGUGCGCUGAUCAAGAAGCUGUGCCGGGACAAUCCGACCGAGCGUCUCGGCUACCAGCGAGGCGGCAUCAGUGAAAUCCAAAAGCACAAAUGGUUCGAUGGCUUCUACUGGGAAGGAUUGCGGAAUCGUUCACUGCCGCCGCCGAUCCUGCCCAAGGUACAGAGCGUCGUCGAUACGGCCAACUUUGAUGACUAUCCGGCCGAUCCGGAUGGUCCUCCGCCGGAUGAUCUGUCCGGAUGGGACGAUGAUUUCUAAGCGAAACGUCGUGUCCCCUCUUGCCUGCUGUGCGCUCUUUGAUGAAAGAUCUUUUCGCGCUAGACACUUCCUAUAAGAAAGUUUUGCUUCUUCUCUCCCCCGUGCCUCCCGUGCAAUAAGGUUACAUUUUCGUGCGUUUUUGUUUUCGUUUUUGUUUCAUUUUGAUGAAUGAGAGAGAGAGAGAGAGAGAGAGAGAGAGAGAGUGAGAAAGAGAGCCAGCGAUUGAAGUUUGAACGUUAAUACCGUCUGUCGUCUAGCGCUUGGUUGAACGUUUGGUUGUUCCUUUUGGAGUUAAUGAGGUGUUUGUGGCGGUGUGACCUUGUGCACGGGGACGGUGUAGCGUUUUUAUACAUAUAUUUUAAAAAGUUUUAUCAUUUUUUUAUCAAAAAAGAAGAAAAAAAGGUGCAGACACAGAAAGGCAGUCAAUUGCAGAGUGUACUUUUUUUUAAUGGAAAAGAAGAGAAUGUGUCCUUAAACAAUUAGUUAUACGUUUAACAAAUAAUAGCAAAAAAAAAUACAAGAAUUAGAGGAUUGAGCACAGCAUCGUCCAUGUCAUAUGUGUGAGGUGAGAGGGUCGGAAAUGGAAGAGAAGAAACUGUUGAUUAUGAUUGUGUACUGCUUUUGUACUUCCCUGUUUUUUCUUCUUUGAUAUCUGUUUUCCAUCCUGAAUAAUCCUUUCUCGUUAGAGAUCACGUGCGACGACCAUCGUACCACGUGGUAUGCCUUAGCUAACAAAAAAGCCCCAAUUUUUAUUGCUAACACCUGUCUCUCUCUCCCUUUAUACCCCGUUACUUCAGCUAAUUGUUGGUCAGAAUUUAAACACCCCCCGAUAAUAACCCCGAUAAUAGUUGUUCGACGCUAAUUGAUAAUGAUAACGUUUGGUUAGCGAGAACAGGAGAGAGAGAAAGAGAAACGAAUGUAUGUUUGUAUGUGUGUGUGUUGCGUGCGUGCGUGUAUGUUGUUCAAUUUGUGCAAUCGAGAUUCUGUAAAAUAUACAUAUUAAAAAAGCGAAGUCUGUACAUAACAAAAAAAAACAAUGCGCGUCAAAAUUCACGUGUUAGGUGCAUAUAUAUGUGUAGUGAAAAACAAACAAGCAAAAACAGCAGAAUUGGUUCGCGGUUUAAUGUUUCUUUUUGCUUUCCCUUUUUUCGCACGAUCAUUUCUCCAGUGUCUAAAUAGAUUAUUGGAAUGGUUCGUUGUUUAAAUUGUUAUUUUAAAAUUGAGCGCAUGGUCGUGUGUGUGCGCGUAUGUGUGGUUGAUAGCCCGAAGGAGAACCGUGUGCAGAACUAGUUUCCUUUUCAGCAGCUGAUUAGAAAUCAGAGUUUAGUUUCUAGCAUCGUUUAAAACUGAGAGAAAAAAAAAAACAAUAAAUUCGUAAUCCGUGUAAUUUCGAG